AUGCUUCGUCUUGCUGCUCAUAAUUUUUCUAAAUCUAUUAUCAGAUCAUAUGCUAAAGAUCUUAAAUUUGGAGCUGAUGGAAGAAAAGCCAUGCUUGUUGGAGUAGAUCUUUUAGCUGACGCUGUAUCUGUUACAAUGGGACCAAAAGGAAGAAAUGUUAUUAUUGAACAAAGUUUUGGUGGACCAAAAAUUACAAAAGACGGUGUUACCGUUGCUAAGGCUAUUGAUCUCGAAGAUAAAUAUCAAAAUAUGGGUGCAAAAUUGGUUCAAGAUGUUGCAGAUAAGGCUAACGAACAAGCUGGUGACGGAACAACUUGCGCUACUGUUCUUGCCAGAGCUAUUGCUAAAGAAGGAUUUGAAAAUAUUAGCCGUGGUGCUAAUCCAAUUGAAGUUAGAAAAGGUGUCAUGUCAUCCGUUGAAGCUAUUGUUGAAGAGUUAAAGAAGAUGUCAAAGCAAGUUACAACUCCAGAAGAAAUUGCUCAAGUUGCUACUAUUUCUGCUAAUGGAGAUAAAGAUAUUGGAAAAUUGAUAUCUGAAGCUAUGAAAAAAGUUGGAAAUAAAGGUGUCAUUACCGUUAAGGAUGGAAAAACUCUUGACGAUGAAUUAGAAAUUAUUGAAGGAAUGAAAUUUGACCGUGGAUAUAUUUCUCCAUAUUUCAUGAAUACUUCCAAGGGUGGAAAAUGUUUCUUUGAAAAAUGUUUAGUCCUUCUUUCUGAGAAAAAAAUUUCCCAAGUUCAAGAUAUUGUUCCAGCUCUUGAAUUAGCAAAUAAAUAUCGUCAACCACUUAUUAUUAUUGCUGAAGAUGUCGAUGGUGAAGCUCUUACAACCCUCGUUCUUAACAGAUUAAAGGUUGGUCUUCAAGUUUGUGCUGUAAAAGCUCCUGGUUUUGGAGACAACCGCAAAAACACAUUGAAAGAUAUUGCCAUUGCUACAGGAGCUAAAGUCUUUGGAGAUGAAUCUAAUUUACACAAACUUGAAGAUAUUCAAGCAGGUGACUUUGGUGAAGUUGCUGAAGUUACAGUUACAAAAGAUGAUACUCUUAUGCUUAAUGGAAAAGGAGAUGCUGAACAAGUUGAGAAGAGAAUUCAACAAAUUGAAUUUGAGAUUGAACAAUCUACUUCUGAGUAUGAAAAAGAAAAACUUAAUGAACGUUUAGCUAAAUUAUCAAAAGGUGUUGCUGUCCUUAAAAUUGGAGGUGCUUCUGAAGUUGAAGUUAGUGAAAAGAGAGAUCGUGUCACAGAUGCACUCUGUGCAACACGUGCUGCUGUAGAAGAAGGAAUCGUACCAGGAGGUGGUGUUGCUCUUCUUCGUGCUGUCAAAGUUCUUGAUAACAUCAAAGUCGGUAAUUCUGAUCAAGAAUUGGGAGUUAGAAUUGUCCAAAAAGCCGUUCGUCAACCAAUUUCUACCAUUAUUAAGAAUGCUGGACUUGAACCAGCUAGUAUCGUUGAAAAAGUUUAUGCAAAUGAAUCAGUCAGUUUCGGUUACGAUGCUUUGAAUGAUAAGUUUGUUGAUAUGAUCCAAACUGGUAUUAUUGAUCCAACCAAAGUUGUCCGUACAUCACUUCAAGACGCUGCUGGUGUUGCUUCACUUUUAGCCACUACUGAAUGUGUUGUUACAGAAGUUCCAAAAGAAACUCCAGCACCUCCAAUGGGUGGUAUGGGAGGUAUGGGCGGAAUGGGUGGUGGAAUGUUCUAA